AUGCCAGUCUCCAAAUUCGAUCCCAUCGUCAUCAUCGGCGCCGGCGUGUUCGGUCUCUCCACGGCCCUCCAACUGGCCACGGAGGGAUACACGGACAUCUCCGUCUUCGAGCGCGACGACCAGGUUCCUGGGCGCUUCUCCGCCGGAUACGACAUCAACAAGAUCGUGCGCGCCGAAUAUGAAGACCCGUGGUACACGGAACUGACCCUUAAAGCCAUCGCCGGCUGGAAAACCCCGCUAUACGCACCACACUACCACCAAACAGGCUUCCUGCACUGCGUCUCCGGCAUCGGCCCGCAGCAAGCAACCCAAACCCUCGAACGCUUCCUCGCCACGAUCAAGAACCACCCGCUCUUCGCCAACAAACUCCUCACGAUCACCAACCCCACCCAGAUCCCACGCGACGUCGCGUGGCAACUGAACGGGCCGCUACCAGGGUGGAAGGGCUACUUCAACCCGCUCGCGGGCUACGCGCACUCGGCCAACGCGCUGCGCGCCGUCUACGAGGCCGCGGCAUCCAUCGGCGUGAAAUUCUUCCUCGGCGCCGAACGCGGCACGAUCACCACCCUCCUGCGCGGCGGGGUGGCCACCUCCCCCGGCAAGGUCACGGGCGUGCGCACGCAGUCCGGCCAAGUCCACAGCUGUCGGCUGGUGAUCGUGGCCGUCGGCGCCGCGGCCGGCACCCUGCUGCCGGAGAUCGGGCCGCAGGUCGUCGCGAAAUCCUGGUCCAUCGGGCACGUGCGCCUCACGGACGACGAGACCAGCGCCCUCCGCGGCAUCCCCGUCACCUACGCCCGCGACCUGGGCUUCCUGUUCGAGCCCGACCCGGCCACCAACCUGCUGAAGAUCUGCCCCAUGGGCGGCGGCUACAUCAACACCGACCCGGCCACGGGCGUGUCGCUGCCGCCAAAGACCCUCCGCGAGAGCGAUAAUGUGCUUCCGCCCGAGGAUGAGGCCCGCAUGCGCAAGCUGCUGCAGCACGCGCUGCCGGCGUUGGCGGAGCGGCCGUUCGUGCAGAAGAAGCUGUGCUGGUUCGCGGAUACGGCGGACUCGGACUUUAUCGUGGAUUUCGUGCCCGGGUCCGCGGGGAGUGUGGCGCUUUGCUCUGGGGACUCCGGGCAUUUGUUCAAGAUGUUGCCGAUUGUGGGCGAGUGGGUGGCACAGUUGGUGAAGGAGGGGCAGCAAGGCGAGAAGCGGUGGCGGUGGAAGGGAGCUGUGGGCCAGGACGAGAAGGAGAAGGGGAAGAAGUGGGCGGGCGGGGACGUGAGUUGGCGGUUGGGGGCGACGAGGGAGUUUGCGGAGAUCAAGCCGGUUCCCGGGGCGAGGUUGUAA